AGAAGAGAGAGAGAGACUGUCGAGGUCUCUUCCUCUGAAGCAAUCUCUCUUUCUGUCUAUGGAAAUCAAAUCGGAAUCGCAAUUUAGAAACUAGGGUUUUGAGAGGAUCGCACUGAAGCAUUGGCAAUGGAGGAACCAGCAUCUGAACCAGUUCUCUACGAGACCCGUCGUCACGCUUCGAGGCCAUACAUUCUCAAUUACCCUCCUCAACAGGCUGAUAAUGGUGCUCGAGGCGGCUUUCUUUCGAUGCUUUCAGUUCAAGGUGUGAGUAGACUCAAAGAAAAGUGGUUAGAGACCAAGCAACCUAGAAAAUUGAAAAAAUUAACAUCCUUGUUUAUAUCUCCGAGCGGCGAGCGUGUGGCUGUGGCUGCUGGAAAUCAGAUAACAAUUCUGCAGAAGAAGGAUGACUACGCGGAGCCAUGUGGAAUGUUUACUACUAGCGGCCUUGUUACUUUUUCGGCCGGAACUUGGUCGGAAAGCCACGAUGUUCUUGGAGUUGCUGAUGAUAUGGAUACUCUAUAUUUUAUCAAAGCAAAUGGUGAAGAAAUAAUGAGGAUUUUGAAGAGGCAGUUAAAAGUUUCUUUACCCAUUGUAAAACUGAUUGCAAAUGCUGAUUCUGAUGUACAGCGAUCAUGCUUGUGUAGCUUCACUAUUGUGACGUCAGAUGGUUCCCUUCAGCAUAUUGAGAUAGGUCGGGAGCCAAAUACCUCUGUUCAUAAUGGCUUAACUCUGAAGGGGAAGUUUGCACAAAAUGUUUGUUGUGUUGAUUUCCAUCCAGAACUCUUUUUGUUUGUUGCUGUUACCUUCUCCGAGAGCAUCACACAAAACAAUGGAUCUUGUAAUCUUUCUCUUUGGCGUAGAAGUAACAGCAUGGACAUAGAGCAGUUGUUCUCUACUCAGUUUGAGGGCUUAUAUUCUAAACCAAAAGGUCAUAGAGGUCCACUUGCAUAUCCGAAGGUGCUAAUCUCACCAGAAGCUGAGUUUGUUUGUAGUCUCGAUGUGAUGGGAUGCUUGCAAGUUUUUAAGCUGAAUAAGCAACGUUUUUCACUUUCAAAAUUUACUGGAGGAGAGAGAUGUUUUCUGCAAGAGAGAUGUGAUAUUGUGGAUUUUACUUGGUGGUCUGAUCAUGUUAUUGCUAUUGCAAAAAGGACUGGAGUUGUAACCAUGAUUGACAUCCUUAGCGGUUUAAAAGUUCAGGAGAAUGAUCUUGUUUACUCUAUGCCUGUUAUAGAAAGAGUCUGUCUAUCUCAAGGAAACCUGUUUCUUUUGGAGAGUAUAUCAUCUGAAGAGAGAGAACCUCUAUCUAAUGACAAAGGGGUAAAUGACUCAUAUUGUAUAGAUCAGAUUAUUGAAGAUGGUUUUAGUCAUCUUGACAUUUCUAAGUUGACCUGGAACCUGAUGACGUUUUCCAAGAGAUCCAUUCUUGAAAUGUAUAAUAUCCUAAUUAGCAAUAGAAGAUAUCAAGCUGCCCUAGAUUUUGCUGAUUGUCAUGGGCUGGAAAAAGAUGAAGUCAUAAAAUCACAAUGGUUGCAUUCUGCACGAGGAUUAAAUGAAAUAAGUAUGCAUCUAUCAAAAAUUAAAGAUACGGUUUUUAUACUUUCAGAAUGUGUUGACAAAGUUGGACCAACAGAAGAUUCCAUGAAGGCUUUGCUUGAAUAUGGACUGCGCCUAACUAACCAGUAUAGUUUUUCUGAACGAGAAGAUUCCGAGUGUACCACAAUGUGGGAUUUCCGAAUGGCUAGACUUAAGUUAUUGCAAUUCCGCGAUAGGUUGGAGACAUAUCUUGGAAUUAACAUGGGCAGGUUUUCUGUGCAGGAGUAUGCCAAGUUCAGAGUAAUGCCUCUUAAUGAAGCUGCUACAGUGCUUGCUGAAAGUGGGAAAAUUGGAGCCUUGAACCUCUUGUUUAAGCGUCAUCCAUAUUCACUGGCUCCUUUCACUUUAGAGAUUUUGGUUGCUAUCCCGGAAACACUUCCUGUACAAACAUACGGACAGCUUCUUCCUGGGAGAUCUCCUCCUUCCGGUACAGUUGUGAGAGAGGAAGAUUGGGUUGAAUGCAAGAAGAUGGUAAACUUUUUGAAUGGAUUACAAGAGAAUCAUGGGAUUGAUGUGCAGAUUCGGACGGAACCAAUUGUCAAACAAUGCUCAGGUUUUGUUUGGCCUUCAGUUAAUGAACUUUCUAUAUGGUACAAGAAUAGAGCAAAAGAUAUUGACAGAUCUAGUGGGCAGCUAGAUACUUGCCUUUGCUUGCUUGAUUUUGCUAAUAGAAAAGGCAUAUCUGAGUUGAAGCAGUUCCAUGAAGAUGUCUCAUACCUGCACCAACUUAUUUAUUCUGAUGAUAGCGAUGGUGAAAUAAGUUUGAAUCUGGACACAUGGGAACUAUUGUCGGACUACGAUAAAUUUAGAAUGAUGCUCAAGGGGGUCAAAGAAGAAAAUGUUAUUGAAAAACUCCGUGAUAAAGCAGUUCCAUUCAUGCAGAAUAGGUUUCAUUAUACGACUUCAGUCUCUCUAGAUCAGGUGACAGGUAAUUAUCUUGCUGGUGAUCAUGACAAGGCAGAGUCAUUUCUGGUAAGAUGGCUGAAGGAAAUUGCUUCAGAGAAUAAAUUGGAGAUUUGCUCAGUGGUGAUAGAGGAGGGGUGUGGAGAUAUCAAAAGUAACAGCUUAUUCAAGGAUGAAGUUGAAGCUAUAAAUUGUGCCCUGCAGUGUCUUUAUUUGUGCAAAGUAACUGAUAAGUGGAGCACCAUGGCAGCCAUACUGCAAAAACUUCCACAAAUGCCAGGUAGUAAAUUGUAUAAUGGGGGCCUGGAGAGAAGAUUAAAACUGGCAGAGGGCCAUAUUGAAGUGGGGAGGCUUCUGUCAUUCUAUCAGGUCCCGAAGCCUAUGAAUUUUUUCCUCGAGUCUGAUGGUGAUGGGAAAGGUGUAAAGCAAAUUCUCCGCCUCAUACUUUCAAAGUUCGUACGUCGACAGCCGGGCCGAUUGGAUAAUGAUUGGGCAAACAUGUGGCGUGAUAUGCUGUGCAUGAGGGAGAAGGCAUUUCCGUUUCUUGAUCUGGAGUAUAUGCUGAUGGAAUUUUGCAGAGGGCUGCUGAAAGCUGGGAAGUUUUCUCUAGCUAGGAAUUAUUUAAAGGGAACAAGUUCAGUUGCUUUGGCAUCAGAUAAGGCAGAGAAUCUUGUCAUUCAAGCUGCAAGGGAAUAUUUCUAUUCUGCUUCAAGUCUCGCUUGCUCUGAAAUUUGGAAGGCUAAGGAGUGUCUGAACCUACUUUCAAGCAGUAGAAUCAUUCAAGCAGAGCUUGAUAUUAUUGAUGUGCUUACAGUCAAACUUCCCAGUCUUGGGGUGACACUUUUACCCAUGCAAUUUAGGCAAAUAAAAGAUCAAAUGGAGAUUAUUAAAAUGGCUAUAACAAAUCAAACUGGAGCAUAUUUACAUGUUGAUGAGAUCAUUGAGAUCGCCAAACUUCUUGGAUUGAACUCUCCAGAUGACAUAUCGGCUGUUCAGGAAGCUAUUGCUCGAGAAGCUGCCGUUGCUGGUGAUCUCCAAUUGGCACUUGAUCUCUGCCUUGUUUUGGCUAAGAAAGGACAUGGUCAAGUUUGGGAUUUAUGCGCUGCAAUAGCAAGGGGUCCAGCACUUGAAAAUAUGAAUAUUAAAUCUCGAAAACAAUUACUAGGUUUUGCUUUGAGCCAUUGCGAUGAGGAAUCUAUAAGUGAGUUGCUCCAUGCGUGGAAAGAUCUUGACAUGCAAGGCCUGUGUGAAAUGUUAAUGACAUCGAUAGAGUCAAAUGCUCCCAAUUUCUCCAGUCAAGGUUCAUCAAUUAUUUCAGAUUCAGACAACACAGUUUACGCGAAAGGUUUUUCUGAAGCAGUUGGAGGAGCUACCAGUGAUGAUCAGGAAGUACAUAUUGGUAACAUAAAAAAGAUACUUUCUGUUGUUGCUAAAGACUUGCCUGUUGAGAAAGGAAGGAAUUGGGAAUCUGUCCUUGGAGACAACGGAAAAACUUUGGCAUUCGCUACUUUACAACUUCCAUGGUUGCUUGAACUAAGUAAGAAACCUGAAAGCAGUCAGAAGCCAAUAUAUGGCUUGAUUCCUAGAAUGCAAUAUGUGAGUGUAAGAACACAGGCUGUGGUGACUAUUAUAUCCUGGCUGGCAAGAAAUGGCUUUGCUCCUAAAGAUGAUUUGAUUGCCUCUCUGGCAAAAUCAAUUAUGGAACCUCCUAUUACUGAAGAGAAAGACAUAAUUGGCUGCUCCUUUCUGCUGAAUCUGGUGGAUGCAUUUUGUGGAGUUGAAGUAAUAGAAGAUCAACUGAGAAGACGAAAAGACUACCAAGAAAUUAGUAGCAUCAUGAAUGUGGGGAUGAUAUAUAGUUUGUUACACAACUAUGGAGUUGAGUGUCAAGGUCCUGCCCAGAGGAGAGAGAUGCUAUUCGGGAAGUUCAAGGAAAAACAGACACCUGAUGAUAUAGCCAAAGUUGAUGAAGUGCAGUCUACAUUUUGGAGAGAAUGGAAACUGAAAUUAGAAGAACAAAAGUUUGUGGCAGAUCGUUCUAGAGCAUUAGAGAAGAUAAUUCCUGGGGUUGAUGCUGCACGUUUUUUGUCUGGGGACAUCAAGUAUAUGCAGAGCGUUGUCUACUCUCUUAUUGAGUCAGUAAAGUUGGAGAAGAAGUACAUUCUUAAGGACGUUUUAAAACUGGCUGAUACAUAUGGCUUGAAUCGGAGAGAGGUGCUUCUACACUAUAUAAAUUCUUUGCUUGUUUCUGAGGUUUGGACAAAUGAUGAUAUUAUGCACGAAUUUCCAGAGUGUAGAAGAGAAAUAGCUGGUUAUGCUGUUAGGACCAUCGACAUUAUUUCCUCGGUUAUAUAUCCUGCAAUUGAUGGAUGCAAUAAGUUGCGACUUGCUCUUGUAUUUGAGCUGCUUUCUGAUUGCUAUUUGCAGCUGGAAGAAACAAAAAAAUCAUUACCAAUAAUACACCCAGAUCAAGCCAAAUUGUCUAGUUUUGGAUUUGCUCGUUAUUACCAGGUACUUGAGCAAGAAUGCAGAAGAGUAUCCUUUCUGACAAACCUCAACUUCAAAAACAUUGCUGGACUCGGGGGUUUGAAUUUAGACUGCUUCAACUGUGAAAUCUACCAGCAUAUCAAUGAUAGUAGCUUGGAAGUCUUGGCAAAGAUGGUAGAAACCCUGAUCACCAUUUAUACUGACUCGGUUCCAGAUGGUCUCAUGUCGUGGAAGGAUGUGUACAAACAUUUUCUCCUCAGUUUGUUAACGACUUUGGAAACUAAAGCUAGAACAGAAUUCGCUGUCAAAAGGCCUGAAAACCUUCAGUGUUUAGUAUGUCAGCUUGAGCAAAGCUUUGAAUCAUGCAGUUUAUAUAUCAAACUCUUGGCACAUUCUGAUGCUUUGGACAUUAUAAGGCGGUAUUUCAUGGUAAUUAUACCUCUUUAUGAUUCUUAUGGAACUCUUCCUGACGAUUCAACGUGGCAGGACUGCCUUUUGAUCCUCUUAAACUUUUGGAUGAGAUUAACUGAUGUAUUGAAGGAAAUUAUAUCACUCGACAAUGGAGAAGAGAUUCUUGUAUUUAAUCCAGACUGCUUGAUGAGUUGUCUUAAAGUUUUCUUGAAGCUUGUGAUUGAGGAUAGUGUCUCACCAAGUCAGGGCUGGAGCACGAUUGUUGGCUAUGUCAAUCAUGGUUUAACUGGUGUUGCUGCUUUUGAAAUUUUCAUGUUCUGCAGAGCUAUGGUCUUUUCUGGUUGUGGAUUCAGUGCCGUUGCCGAAGUAUUUUCUGAAGCAGUGCAUGCUCCAACUGGUUUCAUUUUGGCUGAUAACGCUGAGUUCCAGGAUCUCCCCCAUCUCUACUUGAAUCUCUUGGAACCCAUUUUGCACCAUUUAGCUGUAGGUGGCUCCCAGGACCACCAGAACUUCUAUCAUAUAUUGUCUUCUGUGAGUAAAUUAGAAGGUGAUCUGGAUGAUUUGAAGAAGGUCAGGCAUUUAAUCUGGAAAAGACUUGCUAAGUUCUCCGAUGAUCUGCAGAUACCCGGAUCUGUACGAGUUUACGUCCUGGAGCUUAUGCAAUUCCUCACAGGUAGAAAUAUGAAGGGGUUCUCUACUGAGAUACACUCCAACGUUGUACCAUGGGAAGGGUGGGAUGAGGUGCAUUUUACUAGCGAACAAAGUGAAACAUCUGGCAAUCAGGGUUUGGCAGAUCAUAAUGAUACAUCUUGCAGAGUAACAAGUACGUUGAUUGCCCUCAAGUCAUCUCAACUUGCGGCAAGCAUUUCACCUACCAUAGAAAUUACCCCCGAUGAUCUGUCGACUGUAGAGACAGCAGUUUCUUGCUUCUCCAAGCUGUCUGACGUUUCCCAUACUGAUUCUCAUAUUUAUUCUCUCGUAGCUGUUUUGGGAGAGUGGGAAGGGCUUUUCAUGGCAAAGCAUGAUGAGGAAGCCUCUUUAGAAGCAUCUGAUGCUGGAAAUGCCUGGAAUGGUGACGACUGGGAUGAGGGGUGGGAAAGUUUCCAGGACAUCGAACCUCCUGAGAAAGAAAAGACUGGAAGCGUCCCUUCUCUUCACCCUUUGCAUAUCUGUUGGUUGGAGAUCUUCAAGAAACUAGUGACAUUGUCUCGCUUUAGAGACGUGCUAAGACUGUUAGACCAAUCAAACGGAAUCUUGCUCGAUGAAGAUGGUGCCAGGAGCUUAACCGAAGUUGUUCUUCAAAUGGAUUGUCUUAUGGCUUUAAAGUUAGUUCUCUUGCUUCCUUAUGAGGCUCUACGGCUACGAUGCUUGGCUGCUGUUGAAGAUAAGUUGAGACGAGGAGGGUUUUCGGACCCAAUUGGGCAGGACCAUGAUUUUCUAGUUCUUAUAUCAUCCUCUGGACUACUAUCUAGUAUCAUCUCCAAAUCUUCAUAUGGUACUACAUUCUCUUACAUCUGCUAUUUGGUUGGGAACUUUUCUCACAAGUGUCAGGCGGCCCAACUAUCCGGGCUUGUGCCCGAGGGAUCAGCAGAAAGCGAAAGGGACUUGCUACUUUUCAGGAGGAUUGUUUUUCCCUCGUUUAUUUCAGAGCUUGUGAAGGCAGAUCAGCAGCUUCUAGCAGGACUUGUUGUUACAAAAUUUAUGCACACAAAUGCAUCACUGAGUCUGGUCAAUAUUGCAGAGUCCAGUCUUAUAAGAUUUCUAGAGAGGCAGCUUCACCAACUGCGGCACGACAAACUUGCCCUUUUUGAUGCAAGUUCACAUGAAACGUUAAAGAACACCGUUUCUGGCUUAAUGGACAGGCUCGAAACUGUGGUCCAAUUUGCGUUUUCGUUACUUUCUAAUAGUGUUGGAUGAAAUAUUUAAUUUGAUGUUUUCUUUUCUUUUUUAUUUAUUUUUACUCAUUUGUUUGUUAAAAUUUAGAAUAUAGAAAUCCCAUUGUGAUGGAUAGUGUUUGUACAAAUUGACUUUGUUAAGUAUACAUUUUGUUAGGUUGUAAUUGGAAA